UUAUUAUCUUACUCAUACAUGAUUGUAUCUUACUCAAGAGGUAGUCUUCAAUCCCAUAAUAGCAUUUAACACGUCAAAAAAACAUCAUCAUCAUCAUUUCCCUUCAAUUUCAUUGCAACGAACCUUCAACUCUCAUACACGGUCCAUGAUCAACCACACCUUGACAACUCACUCCCGCACACGAUCCUUGCCCACAAACCCAUUACACGUUGACUCGGCCUCACUCAAUACAAAGGCAAGACUUGAAGACCACCGAUGACCAAACCCCACCUUCCUUGAAACCCCACUCCACCGCUGUCGCCGGCUCUGAUUUUCCUUCCCCCACCCUUCUCAGUCAAAUCCCAAACCCACACGUAACCCUGAACACACCCAACAGGGACAACACCUUUAUCAUCUAAACCCAUCUCUCUCUUUCUGCUUGAAUUCCAGUUCCUUUCUUUCUUUCGUUCAAAAUGGGUGAAUUGGAUAAACCGCUCCAAGCAAUUAUCGCAGCGUCGGCAAGCUUCUUCUUCAUGAUCAUUCUCUUCGCUAUCUUGUUCGUUCUCUGUAAACGAAACAAGAAAAGAGGUGAUCAGGCCCGAGGCCGCGGGCGAGUCCAAGCACGUGCGCUCCCCAAACUACCUAAGACAGAGCUAUCCUCCAUCGCCGUCGACGAGAGCGCCGCGUCCUUCGACCCAUCCCUCCGACUCUCCAUGGAAGACCUCGUCAAAGCCACAAAGAACUUCUCCGCCGACCUGAUUGUCGGCGACGGCAGCUUCGGCCUCGUCUACAAGGCCCAGCUCCCCAGCGGCGGCACCGUCGCCAUCAAGAAGCUCGACCCAGACGCUUUCCAAGGGUUUCGGGAGUUUCGGGCCGAGAUGGAGACUCUGGGCAAGCUUCGACACCCGAAUAUCGUUAAGAUUCUCGGCUACUGCGUCUCGGGCGCCGAAAGGCUCUUGGUUUACGAGUAUAUCGAGAAGGGUAGCCUCGACCAAUGGUUGCAGGACGCGUCAUCGGAGAACGAUGACAUGGCGGCGCUCUUGCAGGGGGGUGUACGGAAACCGCUGAGUUGGGAGACGAGGAUUAAGAUUGCCAAGGGCGUGGCUAAUGGGUUGGCCUAUUGCCAUGGGUUGGAGAAGCCCAUUAUUCAUAGGGAUAUAAAGGCUAGUAAUGUGUUGUUGGACUCGGAGUUUGAGGCGCAUAUUGCGGAUUUUGGGCUGGCAAGGCGCAUCGACUCCUUGCAUUCACACGUGUCCACACAAGUGGCGGGCACGAUGGGGUACAUGCCCCCAGAGUACAAGGAAGGGUUCACUGCAGCGACGGUUAAGGCCGAUGUGUAUAGUUUCGGGAUAUUAAUGUUGGAGAUUGCGACCGGGAAGCGGCCCAAUUUGCCAAUGGUAAUGGAUGGGAAACAGGUUUUGUUGGUGGAAUGGGCCAAGAGAAUGGUGGCCGAAAAUCGGCAAAUGGAAAUGGUGGAUGCCAAUAUUUGGAGGGAGGGGCUAGUAGAAGGCAAUGUUAAGGACUAUUUUGAUGUCGCUGCCAAGUGUACUGUGGAGAGCCCAAGAGAGAGGCCAGUUAUGGCUGAGGUUGUUGAAUUGUUGGAUCUAAUUCCAGGGUGAAAUUGCAUUUGUUAGAUUGUUUAGUGAUGUUGUUCAACUUCUUUGGGGGAUGAGAUCUCAAAAGGUAUGUAUGUGUACAUAUAUAUAACUUGUUGGGUAAA